GGAAAUCGCAGCGGAAGAGGACAGGAGCUACGCCUUAACGAAAACAUCAAACAUCACCGGUACGGCUAAUUAAUGAAAGAUUAUUUUGUUUGGAAUACUAUCGUGAUACAUUCUGCCCUAAAACUGCCUUCCUUACACAAUACGUUGACUAAAAUAAUUGACCUAUGUUUACCUUAUGUUUAAUUAUCAGGUACGCUAGCGAGAUAGCUAACUAGUUAGCCUGUAAGGAAAGUCUAUGCUUCAGUUCAGUUGUCAUGAAUACAGAGCUGAUCCGCGGUGUGUACACUGGAAGAGAUGAUUUCUGUAUUUCAGUAUUCUACAUCUGCUGAAGAGCUCGUUUUUCAGUUUCCUCUACCUGUCAGUACUGAUUCUGUUUCUGAUUCAGUUUCACUAUAUUCUUAAUUCAGAAGCGUUUGUUUAAGUAAUAUUUCUAGUCAUAUUUAAGUAAUAUUUCUCCUUCGUUUUCUCAGUUUAUAUUAUGUUGACAUAAUUAAGGGGAAUCUGAGUGAACAUUAAUGAGAUGGAAACCACGGACUCACCUGUUGUCACAUCUUUACAUCAGAGUGAUAAAAAUGAAAUGCAAUCUGAAAAUAAUAUAGACAGUAUCACAGAGGUGGAAGAUCACAUGACUCUCCCAAGAAUAGAAAGAAGUAAAGAGACAAAGCUGCUAGACACUCUCACAGAAAACAAUUCAAACCCCAGAUAUCUUCCUGUGGACAUUCAAAAAGAAGAGGCUGUUGUGUUUGAUGUAUCAGAAACUGUUAAAGCUCCGGAGGACGGCGGCCAUGAAGACUCAGGUGAAUUUGUUGUGGCCAUGUUAGCUCGAGGAAAACUGGAAGAGCAGGAUGUGUGCAAGAGAAUUUCGCCCCCAAUCUUAGAAACUUCCCUAGAGGCUUCUACUCACUGGGACGAGGAUGUGACUGCAGAGACCUGGAGACAGCACCGGAAGCAUGUGUUUGUACUGAGUGAGGCUGGGAAGCCCAUCUACUCCCGCUAUGGCAGUGAAGAAGCCCUCUCCUCCACCAUGGGUGUUAUGAUGGCUCUAGUGUCUUUCAUUCAGAGUGGGGACAAUGUCAUUCGUUCUGUUUACUCAGAUGAGCAUACAGUGGUCUUCAUGCAGCAGGGGCCUCUGGUGCUUGUCUCUGUCUCUAGCACCCGUCAGUCUGAGCAGCAGCUACGCAAUGAACUGCUUUAUGUCUAUAACCAGAUUGUGAGCAUGCUCACCCAAGCCAGCAUCACCCGCAUCUUUGAGCACAAGAAGAACUAUGACUUGCGACGCUUGCUAGCUGGCUCAGAGAAGAUCCUAGAUGGUUUACUAAACCUGGUUGACUUUGACCCUAGUUUCUUGCUCUCAGCUGUGCACUGUCUACCUAUUGCCUCUUCAUUCAGGGACUCCCUUAGCCAGAUACUUCAGAAAGCCAUCACUCCCAACCUAGUAUUCUCUAUCCUCAUUGCCAAGAACCAGCUGCUGACCAUUGCGCAGGAGAAGAUGGUGAUUGAGGAUGCUAAGCUGGAUCCUUCUGACCUUCACCUGCUGCUCAACCUUAUUGGUGCCUCGUCUGCAUUCCAGGCCGGUGAGAUCUGGACCCCGAUCUGCCUCCCCAGCUUUAAUCCUGACUGUUAUUUCUAUGCCUACAUAUCCUACCUGGACCCACCUGAGUGCACUGUGUGCCUGCUGCUGCUCUCCACAGACAAUGAGGCGUUUUACGCAGUGGCAGAGUGCAAGAGGAAGAUUGAGGAAGCCAUGCAGGCCCAAAAUGCUCUGACCUCCAUUGCCAAAGCUCAGUCGUACAGCGUUAGUCAGGUGGGAGUGUCUGAUCUCCGGCACUUUAUGUACAAGCCUUUUGAUGUUCCAGACAACCACCAUCAGCUGACGCAGUUCACCAGCCCAGAGAUGGAAGCUCCUUACGACAGUGAGGAAGAGAAGAUGAGGCUGCUUGACCUUUACAGAGAUAUGCAUGGCCGGAUACACAACACUUCACGCCCUCUUAAACUCAUCUACCAUGUGGGGUUGCGAGAAACCCUGCUGGCCUGGGUCACAACCAAGUUUGAGCUGUAUACUUGCUUCAGCCCUCUUGUAACAAAGUCCUGUGCCAUCAAUGCUAUAACAAAACUUCUGCGGUGGGUGAAGAAGGAGGAGGACCGUCUCUUUAUACGAUAUCCCCCGAAGUACUCAACCACACCCAAUGCAAGCAAAAGCUAAGAGUGGUGCUCAGAUGAACUCUGUCAAUAACAACAUCCUGUGUUGGAACUGACACUCAGAACUUUUCAGAUGGAUAUGGAUUACGCUGAGCACUAAAUUCUGCUCAAUACCUCAGCAGCACUGAAGAAGUUUUACUUUAUUAUUUUUCUCAUUAAUAGUAAUGUUUAGAAUAUUUACAGUCCUAACUUAAUGUCUUUGGAUAAUGAAAUUUUUUUUUUCGUACAUAAAUGAUCAUGCAUCAAACAAUUGAGGCAUUAGUCACCAUGUUACCUUUGUUAGAACAGCGGCUGGAAAUAGUGUUCUGUCUCCAGAUUAACAUAAACUUAAUUUGAAGAAUUAAAUAGUGGUAGCAUGUGAUUCAAAGAUUGCCCAAACUAUGUUUAUAUUCUCAAACCUUUCUUUCUUUUUUCCAAUGUCAGAAUGUUCUAUAAAAUCGAGCUGUUUGACACUUGGCCAGGUCAAGAAUAAUGAAAUAAAUUUAAUUGAGAGGGGCCACUAGGCUUGUGCAAUAUCAACAUCAACAAAUAACAAUAUUAUUGUCCCUGCUGUAUUAUUGUCCCUGUGUUACAGUGAGACAAUAUCCAAUGAUGUUUAUCACAGAUUAUAUUAGUUAUAUACACCUGUCAACUGAUUUGUGUAGGAAUAAAAAGAAAUGAAAUAGGCCUUAACCAAGUGUCUCAUCAAACAAUUUACAAAUGAUAAUUACAAAGUGAUUAAAUGCAUGUUUCUUUUUUUUUCUUUUUGACUGCUGCUCUUUUGCAUUGUAUGAACAACCUUUGCUUGUAUUAACAGAAAAUGUAGGUCAUCUGAACAUUAGACAAUCGGAUUGGAUUACAUUGCAUUAGAAUGGUGUUUUUUUGUUUUUUUAAACUGAUUACUGUGCAUGACUGCAGAAUCACUUAAAACCCAACCUCUUAAAACCAAAUUUAACUUCUGUACAUGUUGUACCUUUUGCAUACAAGUAAAAGGCAUUAUUUCCUCAGUGUAAGCUUUUCAUGUAUUUUUGUCUAACUGCAAUUAAAAUGGGCAUAAUUUGAAGGAGUGAGUUUACAUACAAAAUAAUGUGAUCAUUAUAUUUAUUUUGGACAUGCAAGAAACUGAUAUUAGAUUGGUCAGUAAAAUAUGAAAAUCAGAUUAUAACCAAUACCAGAUUUCAAGAAAUUUGAGUUU